AUGAAGAUACAUCAUGCCAUAUUGGUCGUGGCGUUCUUGGUCCUGAUGAAGACCGCUGUAUCACAGUCACAGGACAACGAUCCGAUGGCGUUGUGCAGGGACGUAUUCGUGAGUUUCAUGCCGUGCAUGGGCUUCGUCGAAGGAAUAUUCCAGCAACCUUCUCCAGAAUGCUGCAGAGGCGUGAGCCACUUGAACAACGUCGUCAAAUUCACGGCUCCAGGAUCGAGACAGGGGAAUGGAGAGCUAGAGAGAGUGUGUAUAUGCGUAGAGAUAAUGGGAAAUGCUAAUCAUCUUCCAUUUCUCCCAAGCGCCAUUAACAACCUUCCUCUCCGUUGUUCUCUUACUCUCAGCUUUCCCAUCUCCGUUGCUAUGGACUGUUCGGAAACACCAAGAAACUCGACGCUGAAAGAUUAA